GACACGACAUAGGAAAUUAAAAAUAUAAAUUAUUUCCAUCAUAAAAUAAUCUCGAUGAGUAAUCGAAAGCCCUUUUUAACCUGAAAACGCACACUGCGUUUGGGUUUAAGCAGAACCCUAAAGCCGCGCAACACUUUCUUCUUCUUCUUCCUCUUCCUCUCUCACUCUUCAAUCUCAAUCACCAACAAUGGGUAGUACCACAAAAAACAAACGCAACAAUUCCGUUUCCGACGAACACGAAGAAUCCAACAAAGAUUCUCACGAAAAACCUCUCAACAAAAAACCUAAAACCACCACCGAUUCUUCCACCACACCAACAAUGGAAACUCAUAAAAAGAGUAAAGCUUUCGACAAAAACAGGCGUAAGGACAAAUUGAAAUCAAAAUUAGAAUCCAAAUCGAAAUCCGAACCGGUUGAUUUGGAUUCCAAACCUACUGCGGAUUCGACUAGUGGUGGUACUAGUGGAGGUGAUUCUCCUCCGGAGUUUCACAUUAGUGUGUUUAAGGAUUUAGCUGUGGUUGAUGAUUCGGCUAGGUCAGCAGCUGCUAAACAAAUGGUGACGGAGUUGAAGGCUGUUCAGAAUGCUUAUGGUGUUCAAGAUAUGGAUAUUGAUGAUGGUGGUUUUAAGCUUGAAGCUGAGAAAAAUGAUGGAUUGGAUGAAUGCGCACCAUCUGUUCGAUAUGCUGUUCGUAGGCUUAUUCGCGGUGUUUCUUCUUCAAGAGAGUGCGCGCGACAAGGUUUUGCUUCAGGCUUAGCAGUUUUAGUUGGUGCUAUCGACAAAAUCAGGAUCGGCUCAUUCCUUAAGCUCGUAGUAGAUUUAUUGGAAGUAACUUCAUCAAUGAAGGGUCAGGAAGCAAAAGAUUGUCUUCUGGGUCGCUUAUUUGCUUAUGGUGCUCUGGUUCGAUCAGGAAGACUUAUCCACGAAUGGAGCAUGGAUAAAAAUACCCCAUACAUAAAAGAAUUUGUUGGUAUACUUAUCUCCCUUGCAAGUAAGAAGCGAUACUUGCAAGAGCCUGCCGUCUCAAUAAUUUUAGAAUUGGUUGAAAAGUUGCCUGUUGAAGCAAUAGCAAGUCAUGUUAUUGAAGCUCCUGGACUCGACAAGUGGUUUGAAUCUGCUGCAGGAGUAGGAAAUCCUGAUGCUCUAUUCCUUGCUCUAAAAGUUCGAGAGAAAAUUUCUAUCGACAGCUCCAUAUACGGGAAACUACUGCCAAAUCCGUUCAGCUCUAGCCAGCUCUUCUCUGCCGAUCACCUGUCCUCCCUGAGUAAUUGUUUGAAGGAAUCAACCUUCUGUCAGCCCCGUGUUCAUAGUGUUUGGCCGGUUUUGAUAAAUAAUCUCAUACCCAAUACUGUUUCACAAUUGGAAGAUGUGGCAUCAGCUUCAAAUUCAUUAAAGAAACAUAAGAAGAGUAGAAAAUCUUGCUCUUCUGAUGAAGAAAUUGCGAAGAAUCUCAAGUCUUUUUGUGAAAUUAUUAUUGAAGGAUCCCUUCUCUUCUCAUCUCAUGACCGUAAGCACUUAGCUUUCGAAGUUAUGUCUCUUCUUCUACAAAAGCUGUCUGCAUCUUUAAUUCCAGUUGUUCUGUCAAACAAAGUCGUUCAGUGCCUGAUGGAUAUACUAUCAAAUAAUAACACAUGGCUGAAGAAAGUUGGACUAGAGUUUCUUAAACAAUUGACAGAUUGGGUGGGGGACGAUGAUGUCAAAAGAGUUGCUGUUAUAGUGGCUAUACAGAAGCACAGCAAUGGAAAAUUUGAUUGUAUCGCAAAGACAAAGCAUGUUAAAAAUUUGAUGUCACGGUUCAAAACAGAAGCUGGUUGCAUGCUUUUUGUGCAAAACUUGAUGAACCUGUUUGUCGAUGAAGAUAAUACCUUGGAAGAACCUUCGGAUCAGAGUCAAACAACAGAUGAAAAUUCUGAAAUAGGCUCUAUUGAGGAUAAAGAUUCUCCUAGGACUAAUGGUAAUUCAGACUUAUUGAAGAGAUGGGUUAUAGAAUCCCUUCCUGGUAUUUUGAAAUUCGAUAAGCGGGACCACGGGGAGAUGUUCCGAGUACAAAAAGAAAUAAUGAAAUUUCUGGCUGUUCAGGGUCUGUUUACUGCAUCUCUUGGCACUGAGGUGACUUCAUUUGAGUUGGACGAGAAAUUUAGGUGGCCCAAAUCUCCCACAUCAAAUGCUCUUUGCAAGAUGUGUAUUGAACAGCUGCAGUUGUUGUUGGCUAAUGCUCAUAAGGUAGAGAGCAUGGCUAAUGCUAAUAGCCUUGAGCCUAAUGAUCUGGGUUCGUACUUCAUGAAGUUCUUCAGCACCUUAUGCAAUAUUCCUUCAGUUUCCCUCUUCCGGUCUUUAGAUGAUGAGGAUGAAAAAGCAGUGAAAAAUUUGCAAGCAAUGGAAGCUAAAUUAUCAAUAGAGGAAAGGAGCCACGACUGCAGUGAUGAUGCAAAUAGAGAUCGUGCACUGAGAUACUUGCUUAUCCAGUUGCUCUUGCAAGUCCUUCUUUGUCCAAGGGAGUACUCAGAAGCUGCGUCUGAACUCAUCAUCUGUUGUAAGAAAACAUUUUCUACUUCUGAUAUUCCUGAGUCCUCUGGAGAAGAUGUCACAGAGGUUGGUGAUGCACCUGAGUUGAUGGAUGUUCUUGUGGAUACAUUGCUCUCUCUGCUUCCACAGUCAUCGGCUCCUAUGCGGUCUGCUAUUGAUCAGGUGUUCAAAUGUUUUUGUAAUGAUAUCACGGAUGAUGGGCUGGGGCGGAUGUUACGAGUCAUAAAGAAAAAUUUAAAGCCAGCAAGACAUCCAGAUGCGGCUAGUGCAGAUGAAGAUGACGACGAUGAAGAUGAUGACUUAUUCAAUAUUGAAGAUGAAGAAAUUGAUCAAGCAGAGACUGGUGAAACAGGUGAUAGCGAUGGGCAGACUGAUGACUCUGAGUCUGUAUUUGAGGCAGAAGAAACUGGUCAGGACCAUCAUGAAGAUUCUGAUGAUUCAGAUAGUGGGAUGGAUGAUGAUGCAAUGUUCAGGAUGGAUACAUAUCUUGCUCAGAUUUUCAAAGAAAAGAAAAAUCAGGCUGGAAGUGAAACCGCUCAUUCCCAACUUUUGUUGUUCAAAUUCCGUAUCCUUUCAUUAUUGGAAAUUUUCCUACGUGAAAAUGCAGGCAAGCCUCAGGUUCUUACUGUGUACUCACAUUUGGCUAGGGCCUUUGUUAACCCACAUACUGCUGAAGUUAGUGAGCAGCUGAGUCAGCGUAUAUUGGGAAUAUUGCAAAAGAAAAUACUUAAAGGAAAGGCGGCCUGUCCAAAGGGUGACGAAAUCCAAUUAUCGACGCUUGAAUCUCUGUUGGAGAGAAAUUUGAAAUUAGCAUCAAGACCAUUUAAAAAGCAAAAGUCUGCAACUGCCUCAAAGCAAAAGUCUGCCUUGAACCGACACAAAACGGUUUCUUCCUUUGCACAAAAAUCAACUUUAUGGAUUUUGAGAAUUGUCGAUGCAAGAAAUUUCACGGUGUCCGAACGGCAGAGGAUUGUUCAAGUUUUCCAGAAAACAGUGGCUGAUUAUUUAGACAGUAAGAAGUCUCAAAUCAAAGCUGGAUUUUUAAAAGAAAUAAUUCAAAGAAGGCCAUGGAUUGGCCAUGGUUUAUUUGGCUUUUUGUUGGAGAGAUGUGGAAGUGCCAAGUCAGAUUUUCGGCGAGUCGAAACCCUUGAUUUGGUAAUGAACAUAUUGAAGUCGUUAGCAACCUCGGGUGGUGAAGUGCAGAAUGCAUCAAAAAAGAUUGUUAAAAACCAUUUGGAUAAACUCUCUCAUUCUAUGAAAGAGUUGGUGACAAAUAUGCCAAGUAAACCGGCAAGAAGGACAGCUGUACUCAAGUUUUGUGUCGAGGUCUUCAAGAUCAUGGCUAAAUACAACCUCACCAAGUAUCUUCUUAAAACAUUGGCACCUGAUGCUCAAGCUGCCCUCAAAGCACAACUUGGUGAGAAAUUUGUUAGUUUGAAGAAGCUGGAAAAAUGAACAAGGAUGUAGAAUUGCUGCUACUACCUGAGUAAAGAGGUAAAGAGAUUCUUGCUACUCAGCCACCCUUAUUAACAGACAAGCCAAAGUAAUCUGUGAUUGGAGCUUGUUUAUGCCUUUGGAAGGGGAACUUUUGUAGACCUUUUAAAUUUAUAUUUAAAUCAGUAAACUUCAAAAUUCAUUUAAGAUAGACUUGUUUAUUGCCUUUUGAAGGUGAAUUUUUGGUAGAACUUUUAAUUUGUAUUUGUUUGUCAUUUUGUGAACUUUUUGCAUGUUACACUUACUAUAUUUGAGUUCAUUUUGAGUUACUAGUAAGAGAGGAUGAACUUUGAUUUUUUA